GGAAUCGAGGGUGGGGCGGGGAGAGCUGGGAGCUGUCAGUGGAGAGAGUCAGACUCACGCUCCUGGCCAGAUUCCGAGCUGGAAAUUUCGGCGGAUUCUAGCUAGCGGGCAAAGGGCAACUCCGGCGCUCGAGGAGCGGCUUCUUUUGUAGAAGCAGCUGAAAUGCAGGGUCUGGUACACUAAGCAGUAGCGGCCGCGGCAGCAGCCACAGCAACAAGCUGGGGCCCUGUGUAGAAGCUCCAUCCCCUUGUGUUUGUGGCCGCCUGCGUCCCCACACUCAGAGAAUACAUCCUAAGGAUACUUAUUCAUAAAAGAUUAUCUUAGAAGAUCGAAGACUCCGAAAUGUUUCCCCUAAAGGAUGCUGAAAUGGGUGCCUUUACCUUCUUUGCCUCGGCUCUGCCACAUGAUGUUUGUGGAAGCAAUGGGCUUCCUCUUACACCAAAUUCCAUCAAAAUUUUAGGGCGAUUUCAAAUCCUUAAGACCAUCACUCAUCCCAGACUUUGCCAGUAUGUGGAUAUUUCUAGGGGAAAGCAUGAAAGACUGGUGGUGGUAGCUGAACACUGUGAACGGAGUCUAGAAGACUUGCUUCGAGAGAGGAAACCCGUGAGCUAUUCAAAGGUUUUGUGCAUUGCAUUUGAGGUACUUCAAGGUUUGCAGUAUAUGAACAAACAUGGUAUAGUACACCGAGCGCUGUCUCCUCAUAAUAUUCUUUUGGACCGAAAGGGACAUGUUAAAUUGGCUAAAUUUGGACUUUAUCACAUGACAGCUCAUGGUGAUGAUGUUGAUUUCCCAAUUGGGUAUCCAUCAUACUUGGCACCCGAGGUAAUUGCAAAAGGAAUUUUGAAAACCACCGAUCAUGUGCCAAGUGAAAAACCAUUGCCUUCUGGCCCCAAAUCAGAUGUGUGGUCUCUUGGAAUCAUUUUAUUUGAGCUUUGUGUGGGAAGAAAAUUAUUUCAGAGCUUGGAUAUUUCUGAAAGACUAAAAUUUUUACUUACAUUAGAUUGCGUAGAUGACACUAUAGUAGUUCUGGCCGAAGAGCAUGGUUGUCUGGACAUUUUAAAGGACCUUCCCAAAAAUGUGAUAAAUCUUUUGAAGAAGUGUCUCACCUUCCACCCUUCCAAGAGGCCAACUGCAGCUGAAUUAAUGCAGGACAAGGUAUUUAGUGAAGUGUCACCUUUAUAUACUCCCUUUACCAAACCUGCCAGUCUGUUUUCAUCUUCUUUGAGAUGUGCUGAUUUGACUCUGCCUGAGGAUAUCAGUCAGCUGUGUAAAGAUAUAAACAGUGAUUAUCUGGCAGAAAGAUCUAUUGAAGAAGUAUAUUACCUUUGGUGUUUAGCUGGAGGUGACUUGGAGAAAGAGCUUGUCAACAAGGAAAUCAUUCGAUCUAAACCACCUAUCUGCACACUCCCCAAUUUUCUCUUUGAAGAUGGUGAAAGCUUUGGACAAGAUCGAGAUAGAAGCUCACUAUUAGAUGACACCACUGUGACAUUGUCAUUAUGCCAGCUAAGAAAUAGGUUAAAAGAUGUUGGUGGAGAAGCAUUUUACCCACUACUUGAAGAUGACCAGUCUAAUUUACCUCAUUCAAACAGCAAUAAUGAGUUGUCUGCGGCUGCCACUCUCCCUUUAAUCAUCCGAGAGAGGGACACAGAGUACCAACUAAACAGAAUCAUCCUCUUUGACAGGCUACUAAAGGCUUAUCCGUAUAAAAAAAAUCAAAUCUGGAAAGAAGCAAGAGUUGACAUUCCUCCUCUUAUGAGAGGUUUAACCUGGGCUGCCCUUCUGGGAGUUGAGGGAGCUAUUCAUGCCAAGUAUGAUGCAAUUGAUAAAGAUACUCCAAUUCCUACAGAUAGACAGAUUGAAGUGGAUAUUCCUCGGUGUCAUCAGUAUGAUGAACUGUUAUCAUCACCAGAAGGUCAUGCAAAAUUUAGGCGUGUAUUAAAAGCCUGGGUCGUGUCUCAUCCUGAUCUUGUGUAUUGGCAAGGUCUUGAUUCACUUUGUGCUCCAUUCCUAUAUUUAAAUUUCAAUAAUGAAGCCUUGGCUUAUGCAUGUAUGUCUGCUUUUAUCCCCAAAUACCUGUAUAACUUCUUCUUGAAAGACAACUCACAUGUAAUACAAGAGUAUCUGACCGUGUUCUCACAGAUGAUUGCAUUCCAUGAUCCAGAGCUGAGCAAUCAUCUCAAUGAGAUUGGAUUUAUCCCAGAUCUCUAUGCCAUCCCUUGGUUUCUCACAAUGUUUACUCAUGUAUUUCCACUGCACAAAAUUUUCCACCUCUGGGAUACCUUACUCCUUGGGAAUUCCUCUUUCCCAUUCUGUAUUGGAGUAGCAAUUCUCCAGCAGCUACGGGACCGGCUUUUGGCUAAUGGCUUUAAUGAGUGCAUUCUUCUCUUCUCUGAUUUACCAGAAAUUGACAUUGAACGCUGUGUGCGAGAAUCAAUCAACCUGUUUUGUUGGACUCCUAAAAGUGCUACUUACAGACAGCAUGCUCAACCUCCAAAGCCAACUCCUGAUAGCAGUGGAGUCAGAAGUUCAACACCUUUUUUCUCCACUGAGUGUCCAGAUCCUCCAAAAACAGAUUUGUCAAGAGAAUCUAUCCCAUUAAAUGACCUAAAGUCAGAAGUAUCACCCCGGAUUUCAGCAGAGGACCUGAUUGACUUGUGUGAACUCACAGUGACAGGCCAUUUCAAAACACCCACCAAGAAGACAAAGUCCAGUAAACCAAAACUCCUGGUAGUUGACAUCCGGAAUAGUGAAGAUUUUAUUCGGGGUCAUAUUUCAGGAAGCAUCAACAUUCCAUUUAGUGCUGCCUUCACUACUGAAGGGGAGCUUACCCAGGGCCCUUUCACUGCUGUGCUCCAGAGCUUCAAAGGGAAGGUCAUUGUCAUCGUGGGGCAUGUGGCAAAGCACACAGCAGAGUUUGCAGCUCAUCUUGUGAAGAUGAAAUAUCCAAGAAUCUGCAUUCUAGACGGUGGCAUUAAUAAGAUCAAGCCAACAGGUCUCCUCACCAUCCCAUCUCCUCAAAUAUGAAGAACCAAGACUGUGACUGUGAAAAGGACAGAGUGAUAUCAGCCCCCAACAGCCUACCUCUUCACAGCCUCACCACUCUGAGACAGAGCUAGACUUCCAGAUUGUUGCAUUUUCAUAAAGUUUUGUCAUGAAACAUUUUUUUUAAAUCUCAUAACCCACAUGUUCAACCAUCCAGCCAACAAACUUGACUGUACAUGUAUUGCUGAAAGAAUUUCCAUAACAGUGAAAUCCGAUCAUGUAUUUUUACCACAGUGCAACACAAAGCCAGAGGAAUUCAGCUGACAAGUCAGAUUUAGCACAAAGCCAGAGGAAUUCAGCUGACAAGGCAGAUUUAGCAUUAUCAAGAAAUCUCAAUUGCACUGAGAAAGCUGUCUCCCAUUGCACUGAACAGACAGUCCUAACAAAGGUAUUAUUUAGAAACAUAGACUGAAUGGGGGUUGAAAUCAUCUUUCUAUGAUAGUGAAAAUCAAAAAGCUAUUCUCAAUAUAUUCCUUGUAAGUAAAUGCUAUAUUUGGCAACUUAUUUUGGCCCAGACAGAUCAUGUGCAUGCGUGUGUGCGUGUGUAUGUGUGUGUGGUUUGUUUAGGAGAAGAAUUUAGCCCACUGAAAAAAGUAAUAAAUAAUUUACUUCCAGAAAAAUGAAAGUCAGAAACCAUUCACAUUAGAUAGAACAUUUGUUAAGCUCCUAUGUCAGAGAAACCCAAAAUAGGACUGACUUAAACAAACUAGAACUGUAUUUCUCACAUAAAAGUCUGCAUAAUGAGUCUAGGGCUAGUAUACUGAUUUCAUAAUCAUCAAGAACUGAGGUAUCUUCACAUUCCUUUAUUACCCUCAAUACAUGGUUUCUAUCUCAUGGAUCAAGAUGGCUGCUCAGCUCAUACCAUCAUAUAUUCCAUGAAGGGAAUGAAGGAGGAGGGGGUGUUGGGGGGAAGGAAAGAAAUCGGGAAUGGAGCAAAUAAGAAAGAGAAGGAAGAGAAUGCUUUUUCUCUUUAAGGGCACAAACCAGAAGAUGCACAUAUUACUUCUGCUUAUAUACCAUCAGCCAGAACUUAGACAUGUGGCUACACCUAGCUAUAAGGAAAACUGGGAAUAUAAUCUUUGGCUGGGAGGUCAUUUACCCAGGUAAAAAAUUUUAUUAUUAUUUUUUAAAGUUUUAAUUAUUUAAAAAAUUCAUUAAACAUUAUUAUUAAAAUUUAUUAUUACUGUGUGGGAAGAGAACAUAUAUUGAAAGAUAACUAGCAACCUCUGCCACAUUAUUCUAAAAAUUAAGUACUGUACGUCAUUGAAUCUCACACAUAUCACAAUUUUAUGAACCAUAAAGAAAAAAAAUGCAACCAAAUCAACUGGACAUACCAUCAAUUAUAAGACGCAUUCCCAUUUCAGAAAUGUACGCAUCUUAGAAUUAUUGAACUAUAGUUCCUUUCUUGACGAUCUUCAAUUUUAACUAAACAGUGUUGUUGUUUUUCAUCUUUAACUUAUAUUCCUCUUCAGUGUUAGGAACUACCUAGGUGUAGAACAUUUCCAUAAGAGCCUCAGUUCAACUCUCUGGCUCUGGUUUUAUUGUUGCUAUUUGUUUUGGUUUUUUGCAUCUACUUUUUUAUUGAGAUACAAUUUACAUACCAUAAAAUUCAUCCUUUUAAAACAUACAAUUCAGUGGUUUUUAGUAUAUUCAGAAAAUAGUGCAAUCAUCACUACUGUCUAAUUCCGGCACAUUUUUAUUCUCCAAAAAAGAAUCCUGUAACUAUUAGCGGUCAUUCCCCAUUAAUCCCUCACAAGGUCUUUGAUUUAAUGUUUAUAUAUGAUGUGAGAUACGUAUGCAACCUCAUUCUUGCAUGUUAGAUUGCAAGCUGUCCCAGAGGCUGUGUCAUUUUAUUUGUUUUGCUUAAUUGAAUUAUAUUUAGUCAUUCACCAAAUAUGUUUUAAAUACCUAUUAGAUGUACGACAUUGACAUAACUAGUGAUUAUAUCAUUCUGUGACCCCUACAUCAUAUACAAAGAAAAAAUGUUUGAGAAUAAUAAAAUUUUACCACCGUUUCCCUAA